AUGAAGCGGCAGAACGUGCGGACUCUCUCCCUGAUCCUUUGCAUGUUCACCUACCUGCUGGUGGGCGCCGCCGUCUUCGACGCGCUCGAGUCCGACUUCGAGACCUCCCGCAAGCGGCUGCUGAACUCCAAGCGCAUGGAACUCAAGAGCAAGUACGGCAUGAGCGAGGAGGACUACAGGGAGCUGGAGUGGGUGGUUCUGCAGAGCGAACCGCACCGCGCCGGACACCAGUGGAAAUUCGCCGGCUCCUUCUACUUUGCCAUCACAGUGAUUACUACCAUAGGUUAUGGUCACGCUGCCCCUGGAACCAAUGCCGGCAAAGCCUUCUGCAUGUUCUAUGCAGUCCUGGGCAUCCCGCUGACACUGGUGAUGUUCCAGAGUCUGGGAGAACGCAUGAACACCUUCGUUCGAUACCUGCUGAAGAGGAUAAAGAGAUGCCUGGGAAUGAAGAAUACGGAGGUGUCCAUGGAGAAUAUGGUAACGGUGGGCUUCUUCUCUUGCCUGGGAACGCUGUGCAUCGGAGCUGCAGCAUUUGCUCACUUUGAGGAUUGGACCUUCUUCCACGCUUAUUAUUACUGCUUCAUCACCCUCACCACCAUCGGCUUUGGAGACUUUGUAGCCCUUCAGAACAAUGAAGCCUUGCAGAAGAGACCUCCCUACGUGGCGUUCAGCUUCAUGUACAUUCUGGUUGGGCUCACGGUGAUUGGAGCCUUCCUCAACCUGGUGGUCUUAAGGUUCCUCACCAUGAACUCUGAGGAUGAGAAGAGGGAUGCGGAGGAGCGUGCCGGGAACAAGGACCACAUGGCUAUGACCGUCGGGGAGGACGUUCAGAGCAGGAGCGCCGUGCUACUGCCAGGAGAGACAGGCAGAAGCAGGAGCAAUCUGAUACCCCUGAUGGAGGGGGAGGUGGAGAUCAGGCGAGAGAGUCCAGAGCCAGCCUCAGAUGUUGAAUCCCUUUGCUCCUGUAUGUGCUACAGAUCCCAGCACGGUGACAGUCCCACCGGGUCCCACUGUGGCUCCUUCAGGGCACACACCAACCUGGUCUACUUCAACUCCAUCUCCUUCAAGGUGGACGAGAUGUCGCUGAGCACUGGCGAGAGGUUUGUCUUCUCCUCCCCGGGCAGCUGCAGCUCCCUGGGAUGUCAGGCCUCCAGCCAGCCCCAGCGAACCCGACGGAGAUCGGUGUGA